CCGGAUUGUUUAAGCUGUGCCCACCCUCCUCCCCAUCCUUUCAAUUUCUCUCACUUUUUCUUGAUUUCCCGGCUUCCCUUUGCCGGAAUAUUCCGGCAAUCGUCCUCCUAAUAGUAUAGUGAAAUAUUUAGUUCGUAGUUUCUUGGAAUUCAUCCGAUACUGGUUUGGAUUGAUCGGUUCUGAAAGAUUCAAUCCUCAAGCUUUUUGGAGCUCAGAUGCUCUUAAAGAUCAUAUUUUUAUUUCUGGGUGUUCCAAGAUUUUGCGGUGGAAUGAUUCAAUAUCCAGUUACUUGAGCUUUGAUCAGUUUAGUAGUAUUUCUCAUGGAAGAUAGUCCUGAAAAAAUGAAGAAUACUGGGUUGGAUGGAAGCAGAUGCUCAAGGGACUUGUUGCAGAGGUUCAUGGAAGUCACCUGCGGCGGUCCCGAGAAGGGAGCUGAGAACGACGGAGAGAUGGAAUUGAAUCUUGGGUUGUCUAUGGGUGGGAGAUUUGGGGUGGACAGGGAUUCAAAAAAGCUAGUGAGAUCUGCUUCCGUAGCUUCAUGUUUACAUAUUGUGAGAGAGGAUGAUGCGGUGGCUGCGCCGCCGUCUCCGGUGGCGAUUUCCAGUUUGGUCAGAACUUCUUCCCUGCCGGUUGAGACGGAGGAAGAGUGGAAAAAGAGGAAGGAUCUACAGAGUAUGAGAAGAAUGGAAGCUAAGAAAAGGAGAUCCGAGAAGCAGAGGUGUUCAAGGGGAGAUAAAGACGCCGGCGCCGGCGGUUCUAAGAGGGAGGAGCAGUACCAAGCGGCGGCAAAGAGUUAUUAUGGACGUGGGAUUGAAGUGGGAAUGAUGAAGGGGAAAAAAUGCUACCCUUCAUCUAGAGGGUCACUUGAGUCUCAAGGGGGUAGCUCUUCAAGUAUAUCAGAAUUUGAAAAUAAAGUUCUUCAAGGAUCCUGUGAGUUGAGCCCUGGGAGUAUUCAAUCCUUGCCAGAAGGAAGAAGCCAAGAAGCCGGUUCUUCUACAACAAAGACAAGUGAUCUUGCAAGAAAGAUGCCAGGAGCCGAAACUGAAACAUCGUCUAACAAGCAACGGGAAACCACAGGACUGCAGGCGAAAAAGGCCGGGAUGGCACCCGUGGAGGAGAUGCCGGGUGUUUUCACUAAAGGAGAUGGCCCAAACGGGGAAAGGAUAGAUGGAAUACUAUACAAAUACGGUAAAGAUAUAACCUUUUGCUACUACCUCUUUUUGGGAGUUUUCUUGCAAGAGGAGCGCGUGAACAUUUGGCGCUCCGAAAUGAGAAGCUCGUAAAAGCUCCAAAUGGCGCAACGCAAUAAGCCAAUAAGCUUCGAGCUAGGCAAAUAGGAGCUCAAAGAUUCAAUUGGUAUCACAUAAAGGGAAAUGAAAUGAACCCCCGUUACUCAAACCACCCUAAAGGUUGCCAAGAUCAGAAUUCCAGAGGGAGUGUGAUUUGCACUUGGUAUUUACAGAGAUCUUAUAUCAUUGGACCCCAGAGCUUGUUAUUAGAAGUUGAUUCGUCAAAACAGGCUUGGUGGUGUUCAGAAAAGUUUGGCCUAAUUAGUUGUUUGAUACUUGUCUAGUUAAGAGAGAAUGUAUUGUGUUUUAAUUUGUGUAGGACAAAGUUUGUUGUUUUCUUUAAAAAUAAGAUGGUGGAAUGAAUAAAUAGUUGCUGCAACGGCAAAGUCCUGGAAUACAAAACAAUACUUCAUGUACAUUUUAAAAGUGUAAAAGUUAAAACGAUAUACACUAUAACGUUUGACUCUCUUUCAUAUUAAUUGUCCUGCAAUGUAGGCAAAUUAUAUUGGCA